UCCGGGCCUGCAUUAACCACAUCUUAACCGCCACCGUUUGGCCCCCAACCAAUCACUCCUCUCUGCACACACACAUAUAGGUAGUGAAGAAGAAGCUCGCAUCUGAAGACGGCGUGGAGGUAGCCCAGGGGAAAAAAAAAUGUCGUCCGCACAGGUACCGAAAACAAUGAGGGCGUGGCAGUACACGACGACGGCCGGCGGCAUCGAAAAGAACCUCGUUUUGAAGGAGUCGGUCCCGAUCCCGACCACAUCCUCGCGCCUCGGAGACAACGAGCUCCUGAUACAGGUCCUUUCGGCCAGCCUUAAUCCGGUCGACUACAAGCUGCCCGAGCUGGGCGUCGCCGCCCGCGCCGUGAUCCGCACGCCGGCGACGCCAGGCGGCGACUUUUGCGGGCGCGUGGUGCAGACCACCAGGACAGUGGACAGUUUUGCCAUUGGCGACCUGGUCUGUGGACGCAUCAACCCGCAGCAGCACGGCACCCUGGCCGAGUACAUUGUUGCACCGACCAAAGCCUGCGCGCAUGUGCCCCAGGGCGUAGACGUUGAUGAAGCGGCGGCCCUGGGCGUUGCAGGCAUCACGGCAUACCAGACCAUCGUCCCCAAUGUCAAGCCCGGCGACAAGGUCUUCAUCAACGGCGGGUCGGGCGGCACCGGCACCUUUGGCGUUCAGAUCGCCAAGGCGCUCGGAUGCCAUGUCACAGUGAGCUGCUCGCCCGGCAAAGCCGACCUCUGCCGCUCGCUUGGUGCCGACGAAAUCAUCGACUACACAUCCAGCGACGUGUCUCGGGCCCUCAAGGCAAAAGGCCAGGUGUUCUCCCUGGUCGUCGACAACGUGGGAACUCCCGAGGACUUGUACCGCGCUGCCGACGACUUCCUCCUGCCGCAGGGCAAGUUUGUGCAGGUGGGCGCGCCAGCGAGCUUGAGCACUGUCAAAACAGUUACGUCGAGGCUCCUUCUACCUUCGUUUCUCGGAGGCGGCAAGCGCAAGUAUGAGAUGUACAGCAUCAAGCGCAACGUGGACGAUCUGAAGCAGUUGGCUCAAUGGGUUGCCGACAAGAAGAUUCGGGUGGUUAUCGAGCAGACCUACGAGCUGGAAGAGGUGCCUAGCGCCUUCGAGAAACUGAAGAAGGGGAGUAAUGCGGGCAAGUUGGUUGUUCACGUCGGAAAGUGACAGGCUGAAGAUGGUUGGCUGGGGAGUAUCUAUUUGGAGUCGGGUAAUUCAAAGACAUGUCGUAGUUGAAGGGACACGGCGCUUGGCCUCCUCCAUAGGUUAAGGAGCUGAUGAUAGGUGUUGCUGGUGGUCUACAACGCAGGCCAACACAAUCACUUUUAAGUAGCCCAUAAACCUUAAAGUCUGCUAAGGAAGACACAACUUGCCAAACAAACAAACAAAAAAAAGAAAAGAAAAAAAAUAAAAAAAAAACCAAAAAACAAAAAAACAAAACAAAAAUAAAAAAAAACAAAAAAAAAAAACAAAAAA